AUGGCCCCUAAGAACAACAAAGGCGGUGAUAAGAAAGGAAAGGGCAAAGAUGCUGCUGACGGGGGCGAUAAUAAGAAGGGCUUGAAGCCUGCGACUUCGAUUAACGUGCGGCAUAUUUUGUGCGAAAAAUUCUCCAAAAAAGAAGAAGCGCUAGAGAAGUUGCGCGGCGGCGCGAAAUUCGACGACGUGGCGCGCGAGUUCUCCGAAGAUAAAGCCCGACAAGGCGGUUCCCUGGGUUGGAAAGUACGUGGUAGUCUGGACGCGAGCUUUGAGAAGGCGGCGUAUGAGUUGGAGCCGAGCACGACGGGGAAUCCGAAGUAUGUGGAUGUGAAGACGGGGUUCGGGUAUCAUAUUAUUAUGGUUGAGGGGAGGAAGUGA